AUGAGUCUUACUCGUAAACUUGUAAGGACUCAUAACAAGUUCACUCUUUUCUAUUGGAAAAAUUUUGUAAGAGAGGCUCGAAAUCCCUGGAUGAUUACAACAGAAAACGACACAUCAAAGUCAGCUGUUUCUGAUGAGAAAGAAAUGCCAGAGAAAGUAGUAUUGCAAAAAUAUGAGGGAAUGUACAUUGGAUUGUCAAAUGUUUAUGAUUAUAUUUACCGUCCUAUUGCUUAUGAGAAGAUGUCUUUAUAUGACUGGAUAAGAAAAGCAAAAAAAGAGAAACACACGAAAGAGGAGCAGCAGGAAUUCGAUGCUCACUAUGACAAAAAUGAAAAUGAAGUUGAAUCUGAUGAUGAAUCAGUUACCGAAGGAGAAGAUGAACUCAAUUUCUUAGGUGGUGGAGCAACUACAUGUGAUAUAGAAGAUGAAUCAAUAGAUGAAUUGCUUGGUGAAGAUUCUGAUGAUGAACUUAACAACUAUGAAAAUUUUUACAAUGAUGAACCUGAUAGCCAAGAGUUUCUACCUGAUCACCCUCAACAUUGCACACACAAGGUAGUUGUUGUUGAUGAGGAGAAUGCUCUUAUACCAAAUUUUGUUGGCGGAGGCUUACCUCGCCGUGAUCAAGGUGACAGAGAAUAUUACUGUUCUACUAUGCUUUCUUUGUUCAAACCUUGGCGAAAUGGCAAAGAUUUGAAACUAGAAGAUGAGUCUUGGGAUGAAGCUUUUUGUGGCUAUUCAUUUUCAGCAAGACAACUUGAGCUUAUGAAUAAUUUCAAUAUCAAGUAUGAAUGUAAUGAUGCCAGAGAUGACUAUUCUGCACAGAUGAAGAAGAAAGGUGAAAGAGAAGGAAUACUGGGCUCAUGGGAUGACACUGGAGGCAAACUUGAUGCUAACUUUCCUGACUUUGGUGAAGAUGGUCCAUUGGAUGUUGAUGAAUCGCUGUAUAUGUUGGGAGACCCCAAUAGCAUCAAUAAUCAGAAGCUUCAUGAAAUGAAGAGAAUUGAGAAUGUAGUUCAAAAUGCAGGAUGGCUUGAUCCAUGCAUUGGCAAUAUUGAUCCAGUGGAUGUAAACUUCAAGCCAGAAAAAGAACGAACUGGAUCUCAGUGGAAUGUUCUUGUACAGUCACUAAAGAAACUCUUUCUUGAAACACGUUCAAAGAACCUUCCAGUGGCUAAAGCAGAUAAAGAAAGAAAUGGGACAUCACAAAAUGAAGUGGUUGUAGAUGAUAUCAGCUACUUGGACAAAAAAUUCAAAGCAAAGAAAGAAGAAGAACAGAAAAUGAUAGAUGACAUUGCCCAAACAUUCAGUUUGAAUGAAGAGCAGGAAAGAGCAUUCCGAAUUGUGGCCAACCAUGCAACUAUGAAAGAAAGUGACUUUGCACAGCUUAUGCCAGUCCAAGGCCAGGCCCUUUACAAUGGAACUGUUGGCACAUCAGUGGAUGCCUCCAUGUCAGAACGUGGGCAGCAAUCUGCUAUAGAUACUGGCCAAACACUUACUGACUUUUACUCUGUGGAUACACUGGGGGUUGAGUGUGAUCCAGUCACUGGGAAAAAGCCUCAUGGAAGACCUAAGAAAACUGCUGUAUGCAAAACUAUCAGUCCAAAGCUUCAAAAUUUACUUUGGAACUUGCGCCAUUCUGCCUCUGACCAUGUUCCUGGAAAACUUUCACUGUGUAUUGGUCAAGAAGGUCAUGUCGUUGGAUGGGAUGCAAAGUUGGGCCCAAGUGGACAACAAAUCCUUGAAACUUUGUUUGUAAAGCUUGAUCGUCCUGCCAAGACAAUCAAGAUUGAGGGAUUGCCUGAGAAUGUAGUUCCACUAGUAAAGAACAGCAGGUCUAUUGAAUGUAUCUGUCCAAGUGAUGUUACUCUCACUAUAUCUCGUUCUCAAGUGUCUGUGCUGCCCAACUUUGCAAUGACGGACUAUGCAUCACAAGGAAAGACUCGUCCAUUUAAUGUGGUGGAUUUAAACAGCUGUCGUAACCACUUAUCUUACUAUACUGCUCUUUCUAGAAGGUAA